CCUCCUCAGUUAGUUCACUGAAACAGUGUAACUUGCUGGUUGCAAAGUUGGUGAACUAAAACUUUUUAAUAAUAUGUCUUUUAGCUUGUUCUGUCGUCUUUGCGCCUCAAAAUCCGAAAAUUUUACAAACGCGUUGGAUUCAGUAGGAAAAGGGCUUAAUUUGGCCGAAAAGAUAAACCACUGUCUUCGUAUCGAAAUCACUGCUGACGACUCAUUGCCUAAAACUGUAUGUGCGGAUUGCUGCGAAAGGAUUGAGAAUUACUAUUCGUACAGCCAGCUCUGCUCGCUUUCUCAGCAUUCUCUCAUGAAAAUAUUCUCGUAUGAGGGCGACCCUCAGAGGUCGGAGAACGGAGUGAUGUAUGCGUCUUGCAACAAGAGCAUCACAAACAACAUGCCCCACGGUGAAGAAAGCGGCAUAAGUGCAAUAAGCACUGUUGAGGUCGAUCGGAAAGACGAGCUAAAUUUAAAUAACAAAGCAUCAAAUGAUACUGCAUUAGAAGAGCAUUAUUCAAAUUUAAAUCAGCCUUUAGAAACAAACCCAACAAUGCCAGAAGGAACAAGCCAUGGAAGGAAAGAACGUGGUAAAAAUUCUUCUUCUGAGUGUGGCAGUGAAGAAGAAGAAGAUAUUUUUAAUGAAGCGACAACAGCACCUGUCCGAAAUGUUUUUGAAAACUACAUCUGGGGUUGUACAUUGUGUAAUGAGGAGCUUUUAUCCUUGCCGGCUUUGAAAUCUCACUAUACGACAGUCCACAUGCAACAGCCUGUUUUCAAGUGCAUGAGCUGUCCCAAAGUAUACGAGCGCUACAGAAGCUUUGCCAGGCACGUCAAACUGCAUCAGCAAAUCAGGCCUUAUAGCUGUGAUGUUUGUGGAAAGCGAUUCUCACAAAAGACGAUACUCCAGUCGCACAGUACAGUUCAUAGUGAGGAGCGGCCCCACGUUUGUUCGCAGUGUGGUAAAGCUUUUAAGCAGUUCAGCUCACUCUAUUUGCACAGUAAAUGCCAUCUUCCAGAGCAGGCAAAGCCAAAAUACCCUUGUGUCAUAUGUAGCAAAGAAUAUUCCACAAAAUACUCGAUGGAUACUCACAUGAAAAUUCAUACAGGAGAGAGGAAUUAUAUUUGUGAUGUAUGCGGAAAGAGUUUUAUAACGAAAGGCAGUUUAGACUAUCAUUUAUUGGCUCAUAAUGAAACAAAACCACAUUCCUGUCUUGUAUGCAGUAAAAGUUUUAGGACAGCUCGUUUAUUGGCCAAACAUUCAACAUUGCACACUGGAGUAAAGCCGUAUCAGUGUGAUGUUUGCGGGAAACAGUUUCGACAAAGAGGCGGCUUAAAGGAGCACAACAGAGUUCACACUGGCGUCAUGCCCUAUUCGUGCGAAUACUGUGGAAAAACAUUCAGAUUCCGGGGGAUUUUAACUAUUCACAAGCGCCAGCAUACAGGAGAGCGGCCAUACAGUUGCAGGGACUGCGUUCGAGUCUUCACCAACUGGCCAAACUACAACAAACACAUGAAACGGCGGCACAAGAACAACAAAACGCUCGGAAACGAUGCAACUCCGCCUGAACCGCCACAGAUUGACACCAUGGCAGUGGUCUCGACGGAUUUUUCAGAAGCGAAUGACGAUUUGCUUUUCAAAAAUAUCCCUGAUGGGGAAAUCUACAGGUCUCCUCCGCCUUUCAAUGCGACGAUCCCGUUUUACAUUUCACCCGUGUUGUCCAUGCAGGGCAUGAUGGAAAAAAAAUGAAAUCCUAUUGUUUUGUUCUAUGAGAUCUGAAUUUAUUUCCUUCCAUUAUUGUUGUGUCUCUGUGAUCUUAAAUUUAAUUGGAAUUGAAAUUAAAUUACAUUAGAAAUCAUGUAAUAACAACAUAAAUGAAAACUUGUGGUCAAAUGUUAUUUUGCCAUUAAGAACUUUAGAAUCUCAAAAAAAUUUAAAAAUGAUCUCUUUUAAUGCACCAACUGUCAUAUGAAUGAGUUAAUUAUAAAAUACCUCUUGGAUUGUUAAAAUUUAUUUUCAAUUUUCCAAUAAAUAAUUUAAGCUUUUUAACGUGGAUUAAUUAAGUGCUAAAAUAUCAUGAAAUAUUAGAAAAUUGAUUCUACCAAUAAUCCGAUAAAAGAGCAUGUGUGAUAAUGAUAAAGAUAAUUUCAAUAUUUUAUUCUUAUUUUAUAUAAUAUUAUUAUUAUAUAAUUAAAUAUUUUUAUAUUAAUUUUACAAGUGUAGGAAAUGAAGAUUGAAAGAGAAAGUGCCAAGAGUAACACGGAAUCCCACGACAGCUAUUUGCCCAAUGAGGUUCCCUUUUUUUAAAUUUUUUGUACUAUUGUUUUAAAUCAAUGAAAUAGAAACAGUUGUGUCCUUAAAUUAUUUUUGCUAUUGUGUACUUGUUUAUGUAUUUAAAAUGUAUGGUUUUGACACCAGGAAGAUAUAGGAUAUUUUUACCAAUCGUUAAAUUCGUAUCUAACAUGGUCCAUAUAAUUAAAAAUUAAUUGUAUGCUUAAGUGUAAUAAAAAGGGUCAAUUAAAGUUGUUACAGCAUUUUUAAAAUUAAGGAUCAGAGUGAAAAUGGAAUUGUGGAAAGAUAAAGUUUUUGUGAUAAUUUUUUCAAGUAAAAGUUUCUAUAUUUUUUAGUAAA